UGGAAGAAUUCGGGUGAAUGAGCCACACUGUGAGCCGAGCAUUCGUCCGAAAGUAAAAAAUUGUUUAUUGUUGUUUUUUACAAAAAUACCAACAAAAAAGUAAACAAAAUGCUGUGUGUGUUUAAAGUGAUUGUUAUCAAAAGUUAAUAAUAUUAUUUGAUACCCGGGCGAGUCUAAUUGACUACAUUUAAACCCUAAAAUUUUUGAGGUUAGCUAAUUUUGUCGGUGUUGUCUUUGUGUGGUAAAAAAAUUAAAUUCGUAACAAUGGAAGACGAACAAGACCUUAAGAAGAUGAACGAUUUUAUAAAAAAUCAAAAGUCGUUUCAACAAAGUUUUCAAGUGGAAUUUCAAGAUUUCGUUGACUUCAAACAGGACGACACAAGUGAUUUGGAAUUUGAAGAAGAAUUAAGAGAAGAGAAAGUGAAUUAUCAACUUGAGGAACCUACUAGCGGUCAAUUACCAAGUCUUACGUUAACAGAAGACGAAAAACAAGUGAUAGACUCAUGCACUGACCCUGAGCUGAAACGACUGCUUGUCCUAAACCGGUCGAGAAACAUCCAACUUUUAAAGCUCCAGAAAAAAGUGCAAGAUCUCUUGCAGCAGUGUGAAGUAGAGCUUUGUGACAAAAACAACAUUUUAAAAAACUCAGAGCCGAAACAAGGAUUGCACCAGACGUACAUUUGGAAACUUGCAGCACCGUAUUUUAAGGACAGGAAAUUUUUUCCGUCGCCCCUUAAUGAGGAAGCUGUUAAAAAGCGUGCGAGGAAUGAGUUGAGUGUUUAUGAUUUGGUGCCAUCACCACAGUGGACGCCGAUAGAGUUUGAUAGGUUGUACAAUGCAGUUAGAUGCAAUUAUAACAUAAGUAGGCAGAUGGAAAUUAUGUCCAAGAUAAACGCACUGAAGGCGAAAGUAUCGGAGGGAGAAGACGAAAGUAAGAUAGAAGAAAUUGUUCAUUUGAAAGAAGAACUGGAAAGAGUUAAAAAUGAUGAGAAAAUUCCGCCACUGAACUCAAACGAGAAUAUUAAUUGGUACAAAGUGUCUGAGACUUUUUUGAAAGAUAAACACACUCCACUGGAAUGCCAGUCCGUUUGGCACACGCUAAUCCACCCCCAAAUAAACAAAUCAGACUGGUCUGACGAGGAAAACAAAAAACUCGAAACAAUCGCAAAACGCCACUCUUACCAAAACUGGGACCUGAUAGCCUCAGAACUCGACAACAGCCGCACAGGCUUCACCACCUGUCUCCACUACUUCAGCAAAUUAUGCGACAAGUUCAAAAAAAGCAAAUUCACGCCUGGCGAAGACGCAUUUCUGUUAGAAGUUGUAGACAGUUACAAAAUCGGCAACUUCAUCCCUUGGAACAAAGUCGUCUGCCACUUCGACAACCGCUCCCGACACCAACUCUACCAUCGCUACACCUACUUCCUGUCGCAAAACCACGUCAAAAAAGGGAAAUUUUCAGAGGCCGAGGACAUCCUGCUGAUUAUCCUUGUGAACAAAUUCGGGCGGAAUUUCAAAAAGUGCGCCGAAUUCAUGCCACAUAGGUCACAAAUCCAGCUGAAAAGUCGCUACAAUUCUAAUCUGCAACGCAGCAUAAAAAAAGGGACUUUCACAACGGAAGAUGAUGAAAUUAUCUACGAAUACGCGCAAGAACAUGGCGAGAAAAACUGGGGCGGUUUAACUGAUCGGUUGAAGCGCUGCAGUGCACAAAUCCGACAGAGAUACAAGUUAAUUAAAACGUUUUUACACGAAAAUCCCGAUUCCGAAAUCAGGGAUAUUCCAAAACGGAAGCAUCGCUUCAAUGAAGUGAGUGAAGACCAGUACAGUUUUUUGAAUUUUAUUGCCGAACAGUACAAGGGAUCGGACGAAAUUCCCACUCUCUCCAUGAUCGAAGAGAGCCUUCAAGCGGAACAUAAACACAGUGAGGCAAAAAACGACCGAACUGAAUCAAAAUUCAAGAACGUAGACACCUUACUUACUGACCUGUUUCGAAACACUGGAACAACAUCACAUAAAUUCGUUUCUGAGUCGAGUCUUGCUGAUGCGACCGAAAAUGCGGCAGAAAUACUCACAACUCUUGGAGUUAAGUUAGAUAUACCAAAGGACUUGCAGUUGAAAUCGCGUCUGGAUAAUAUAGACUUGGAAAUUUUGGAACGUUUGUCGAAGAAAAACGAUUCAGUUCCGACAGUUAGUGGUUUAGUUCCGCCUAAUUUGUGCACUUUGGUCGGUUUAAGGCGCUUAAUAAUCCAAAACAAGGAAUACAAGCAGCAGAUUAAAGGCCGAAAAACAAAACUAGCCUGGCCCAUGGAACAAAACUUGCUGAAGUUGAGUGAGUCAGCACGGGCUGAAGUCUUGCACCAUCGAGAGUUGUUUGCGAAACGGUUUGACACGCUUUUCGACUGGAGUGCGGUUUUGUCGUUGGAAAAACCGAACCAGUUCGAUAUUCCUAAAAAACGAGCAAGUCUCCAGCCGAACGAUGGCACCGUCAAACGAAGAAAAAUCCACGUGACUGAUCUUGCGAAAAUAAGCAAGGACAGUUCGCAGCUGCGAUUGGUUGAUAAAAGUGUGAUUGAACGCUUGAUGAAAACCAGAAAUAAUGUCAAUAUUAUAAGGAUUGAGACGAUGACGGGGCCCGAUGGGAGGGUUAAGCCAGUGCUAGCACAAGCUAAUGGUGCAGUUGCGACGUCAAGUGGUGAGGAGGUUGGUCAUGAAGAUGUGCAAGAUGUUGAGAAAUUGAACGUUGUGCUGAAAUCGAUGAAGUCGGAAGCUGUGUCCGAGUCGGGGAGCGAGUUUCAAGCGAUUAAAGGCGAUGUGCAGCUCCUUAAGCAGAUUCUACAGUAUGAGAAAGUUAAGGUCAAGGCGGAGCCGGAUGGGUAGGUGCGUUGCUUUAGUUUAUGUUGAACCAAAGUAUUAAUAAAUAGUCGAUUUUCAUAUUUUUA